UUAGGGUUUUAAUAGGGUUCAAACUCCUCCUUCGCUGUUACUGAAACUUUCAGAAAUGCGAGCUUUUCAACGAAUCUUAACAAAAUUCUCGCAAAACUCAGCUGGUAAAUCCUUGAAAAACUUCAAUUUUGUGAAGCCCUUUUCUACUGGAAAUGAUUGGAGUGCAAAUUUCGGUGGUACUGGUUCUACAGAAGAUUUGGGUUGGGAUGCGGGUUCAAAUUCAUGGUCUACUGGGUUAACCAAGGAGCAUUUUGAUGGAGAAGUUGUGGGCCGACAAAUGGGUUCGGAACCCAAUGCACGAUCUGCACCGUCGUCUGGUGGGUUUGGUUCAGCUAGAUGGACUGAUGAAGAAAUGGAUAAAGUUAAGGAGCUUCAUGCUGAGAAUCGAAAAGGGAAAGCUUUUGUUGAUGGAUGGGAUGAGAGGAUGAAGGAUAUGAGCGUUUUGAUGAAGCAGGUAAUGGAGCCAGGUGCAAGGGGGUCUUAUUUGAAGGAUUCAGAGAAGACAGAAAUGUACAAGAAGCAUAAGGAGAAUCCAGAGUUGUAUACAGUUGAGCGCCUAGCAAAAGAUUACAGGAUCAUGAGGCAGAGGGUUCAUGCAAUUCUAUGGCUGAAGGAACUUGAGGAGGAGGAAGAGAAGAAGCUUGGGCGUCCAUUGGAUGACUCGGUUGAGCUCUUGCUAGAUACAUGCCCAGAAUUUUUCAAUUCUCAUGACAGGGAAUUCCAUGUUGCAACUCUUCCUUAUAAACCCGACUUCAAGGUCAUGCCCGAGGGUUGGGAUGGGACUACCAGGGAUCCUGAUGAGGUGCACUAUGAAAUAUCAAUGAAGGAAGAUGAGAUGCUGUAUCAAGAGUUUGUCCAAAGGAUGAACUUUAACAAGAUGAAGAUGGCGAAAAAAGUGAAAUGCCACAAGUAUAGCCGCAGGCGCCCUUCAGAUGGCUGGAAUUUCACUGUCGAGAUGCUAGGAUCUCGUGGCAAGCGUGGGAAUGGUGGUGGCUGGAAGUUCGUUAGUCAACCUGAUGGUUCCAGUCGACCCCUUGAUGAGUUCGAGAAGAUGUUUGUCAAGAGAGAGACCCCACGUCGAAGGAAAAAAAUUCUCCCUUGAUUUUUGGCAUAUGCAAGAUUACUCACAAGUGGUUUCUACAGCUCCUGUAUCCUUUCAUCAAAUUGAUCAAGUUAAAAGUUAUAGUGGAUCAUAUUUCUACCUCCAUAAGUUCACCUAGUUUUGUGAAAAGAUUGGUCAUCGCUUUGCUUCAUCAACGUUCAAUAACACGGGCUUUUGCUAAGGCUGUGCUUUUGUUUGGUGUUAAGCUAAAUCUCAAGGGAUAAUUUAGAUGUAAUGUGGCUUCUCCCAUGAAUCCCUGAAGUGGGGGAAAUGCUACUUAUGAUGUUGAAUCCUCCGUUUAUUCACUUUACUAAUUUUCUUUCAUCAUCAUUACUACUUUGCUAUGGAAAAAGCAAAUUCAAUGUCAUACUGAAAGUUGAAUUCUCUUGA